UUAUAAGCUGCCCAAUAGUUGGAAAGAUGUUAAGCAUGACUUAAAACACAAAAAGGAGGACAUAUCUUUGUCCAAUUUGGCUACCCAUCUUCAAAUUGAAGAGGGGAUAAGGUCCAUGGAGAAGGCUAAGGAUGGAAAUCCUAGCUCUUCCACAUCAAUGUGGUGGAGGAAAGAAAAUCUAGUGCUUCAACUAGUGGUAAGAGGAAGAAGUUUAAUUCCUCUAUGGGCAAGUCCAAGAAACAAAAGGACAACAACAAGUAUGCUUGUUGGGAGUGCGGUAAGACUGGACAUCGCAAGAAGGACUGCUACAUUUUCAAGAAGAAAAUGGAGAAAUCCAAGGAUGGUCAAGCUUCUAAGAGCAAGGACCAACCCACCAAAGGAUGAUGACUCAUGGUGGAUGGAUUCAGGGGCUUCAAGGCAUGUAUGCAAGGUGAAGCAUUGGUUCAAAACCUUUCACAAGGUUGGUGAUGGAGAAGAGCUCUUUAUGGGAAACAACUCUACCAUCAUGGUCCAAGGAAGAGGACAAGUUGAGCUGAUGUUUAGUUCGGGCAAUAGUAUCAUCCUUAGGGAUGUAUUAUAUGCUCCUAGUAUUUCUAGAAAUCUUGUAUCAGGCCCAACCCUGAAUAGACUUGGAUUUAGACUAGUUUUUGAAGCAGAUAGAUGUAUUAUAACUAAGGGUAGCACUUUUGUUGGACAUUGUUAUUUGUCUCAUGGUUUGUUUAAACUCUCUUUAAGAGAGAGGUCUGUAAUGUUGGAUGAUGUUUGUUUUAAUGUUGGUAAUGACAAUAGUAUGAAUUUGCAUUGUUUUCUUUAUGGCAUUCUAGAUUAGGUCAUGUGAAUUACAAUAAGUUGUCUUUUAUGUCUAAAUUAGAACUUAUUCCUCCAUGUGAUAUUGCUCUUGAUAAAUGUACUACUUGCAUGCUUAAUAAGAUCACUAGAACUCCUUUCAAGAAAG